GUGUGUGUGAGAGAGAGAGAGAGAGAAUGAGGGAUUUCUCCAGCUGAAGGCUGUUUGGCUGAGAUGAGUUUUUACCUGUCAAUCCUAUGAAAAAAGAGCCUGGGUUCCUCACUGGAUGUGUGCUACCGUUUGCCAUCAGUUCACUUAGAAUUCAGAUUGUGUUGGUUGCAUUCAGUCAAUGAUUCCCUCUGGGGUAGCAGGGGAAAAAAAGAAGGGAGUUGGGUUUCCAACAGGAAGAACCUUGUGUGGACCCUGGAAUACUUCAUGUUGUUGUCAGGCACUGGGCUGACUUGGAAGUAAUUAGGAAAGGUGGAGGAGAAAAAAAAAGAGGAAGAAAGAGGGAGAGAGAGAGAGAGAGAGAGAGAAACUUGCAGUAUGCACAUUGCUUUGUACCUGCUCACAGGAGUGUGAUGAGCAGUAGCCUCCAGAAGGAUUGGUCCUAGAAAUUGAAGAGAAUUGCAAGCUGAGAGAGAGAGAGAGAGAGAGAGAGAAAGAAAGAAAGAAAGAAAGAAAAAAGAGACAAUGCCUUGUUCGAGCUAAUACACCACUUUGCAAUAUUCUGGCAUUUUACACGACUGCUUCCAGAGCUGGGACCACCAAAGAGAACUCCACAAGCCGACAGGGAGGGAUCUGGCUUCCUCUGACUUGUUAUGGAUCCAAAGACAGAGUGCAAUAGCUGUGUAGACAAAGAGGACAACACAGGUAAUCAGGAAGCCACAGCACCUCCUGACACUAUGGCACAGCCUUACGCAUCAGCCCAGUUUGCUCCACCUCAGAAUGGGAUCCCAACAGAAUACACAGCUCCACACCCCCACCCGGCACCGGACUACACGGGACAGACCACGGUCCCCGAACACACGUUAAACAUGUACCCAGCUGCCCAGACGCACUCAGAACAAAGCGGUACCGACACAAAUGCACAAACCGUGUCUGGAACAGCCACACAGACAGAUGAUGCAGCACAGACUGAUGGACAACAGCAAACACAGCCUUCCGAAAACACAGACAACAAAACACAGCCCAAAAGGCUGCAUGUCUCCAAUAUUCCGUUCAGAUUCCGGGACCCAGAUCUUCGGCAAAUGUUUGGUCAAUUUGGUAAAAUAUUAGAUGUUGAAAUAAUUUUUAAUGAGAGAGGAUCUAAGGGAUUUGGUUUCGUAACUUUCGAAAAUAGUGCUGAUGCGGACAGGGCGAGAGAGAAAUUACACGGCACGGUGGUUGAGGGCCGUAAAAUAGAGGUUAAUAAUGCCACCGCACGUGUCAUGACAAACAAAAAGACAGUCAACCCUUAUGCAAAUGGCUGGAAGUUAAAUCCAGUCGUGGGUGCAGUAUACAGUCCUGAAUUUUAUGCAGGUCCUGAUAUAUCCUGGGGCACAGUUCCACAAUUGCCAGCAGUCAUCUGCUACCCCCGUCCAAGUGGCCAUUCUUCAAAUAUGAGCCUAGAGAUUCCCGGCUUCCCUUACCCAGCAGCAACCGCUGCCGCAGCAUACCGAGGGGCUCACCUGAGGGGCAGAGGACGUACCGUUUACAACACAUUUCGUGCUGCUGCACCCCCUCCCCCCAUCCCGGCCUAUGGAGGUGUUGUUUACCAGGAUGGAUUUUAUGGUGCAGACAUUUAUGGUGGGUACGCUGCAUAUAGGUAUGCCCAGCCUGCCACUGCCACUGCAGCUGCCUACAGCGACAGUUACGGAAGAGUUUAUGCUGCAGACCCCUACCACCACACACUUACUCCAGCAGCCACCUAUGGCGUUGGUGCCGUGAAUGCUUUUGCACCCUUGACUGAUGCCAAGACUAGGAGCCUUGCUGAUGAUGUCGGUCUCGUUCUUUCUUCAUUGCAGGCUAGUAUAUACCGAGGGGGAUACAGCCGUUUUGCUCCAUACUAAAUGACAUACCAUUAAAUCUUCUGCUGGGGAAAAAAA